AUGAAGAUGUUUCGCUGGCAGAAGCUCCCCUCUGACGUGGUGAGACAAAGCCACUCCAUGUGGGCUGUGGUGCCAAGCACCAGCAAGGAGCUUAUAGAGCCAGACUAUGCAAGCUUGGAGCUACUUUUCUCCCUUCCACCAACACCACCUAAGGAGAAAACGAGGCCAAAACUAAAGAAAACCAAAGAGCACUUGUGUCUUUCCUACAGCUCCAAUGAAGAGAUUGCUACCAUGAUUCAGAAAGGGGAUAGAUCCAAGCUGGAUGCUGAGACACUGAAGCAGCUACUUAAACUGCUGCCUAAAGAACAUGAGGGGCACCACACUGGAGAUGCUGGAGGUUUUAAAAUUAGUGCGUUGCUCAGACUAACAGAAACAAAAGCAAACCAAAGCCACAUUACUCUGCUUCACCAUAUUUUGGAGGAAGUUGGAAAACACCACACAGAUCUGCUGCAGCUUCCCAGAGAUCUUGAGUUUGUUUCCAAGGCAGCAGGGAUCCGCUUUGACGUGCUGCGGGCUGAGGCAGGUGCCAGUUUGAAGAAACUGUUGGAAAUAGAGAAGCGCUUACUUUUGUCUCCAGACGAUUUAAAAAUACAGCAUGGAAAAUCUGUUCAAGACAGCCUCAGUGAUUUAAAGGACCUGCAGAAGGAGUUUGCCACCAUUGAAAGGAAGAAGGAGGAACUUGCCGAUUAUCUUUGUGAAGACCGAAACAAAAUGUCUUUGGAAGAUGUCUUUAGAACAAUGAAAACCUUCAGAGAGCUGUUCCUCAAGGCCUUACAGGAAAAUCAAGAAAGGAAGGAGCAAGCUACGAAGUCUGAGAAAAGGAAGAAACAGCUUAAAGGAGAAGAUGCAAAGAGGCUAAAGGGAGAGUAUGGAAAGAGGAGUAAUAAAAAUUAG